AUGAAGGGUUUUAUUGGGUUUUCUUCUUCAGCUGCCAUCUUGCUCCUUAUUUUACAGGCAGCAAUCUUUGUUUCUUGUUAUGAUCCCAGCCCUCUUCAAGACUUCUGUGUAGCCAUUGAUGAACCCAGUGACUUCAAAUAUGCUGUGUUUGUGAAUGGGAAGUUCUGCAAGGACCCAAAGCUUGUGAAAGCUGAAGACUUUGUUUUUCGAGGACUCGAGACUCCUGGAAACACAACUAACAAAUUGGGGUCCAAUGUGACUCUAGUAAAUGUUGAGCUAUUUCCUGGACUCAACACUCUUGGCAUCUCUUUGGCUCGAAUCGAAUUUGGUCCAUAUGGCCUUAACGCACCCCACUACCACCCACGAGCCUCUGAAAUUCUGGUUGUUGUUGAAGGCACUCUCCUCGCCGGUUUUGUCACAUCAAACCCCAACAAACUCUUCGCAAAACUUCUUCACAAAGGAGAUGUGUUUGUGUUUCCCAAAGGCCUCAUUCACUUCCAGUUGAAUGUUAACACACAUGGCCCAGCUUUUGCUUUCGCUUCGCUCAGCAGCCAAAACCCAGGUGUUGUUACCAUUGCUAAUGCCGUGUUUGGAUCUGAUCCUCCAAUCUCCCUCGAUGUUCUUAUGAAGGCCUUCCAAGUCGACAAGCACGUCAUUGAUGCUCUCGAAAAGCAAUUUGAAGAUUGA